AUUUUAAGAGCACCUAUAGGCUCAUCGACACCCAAAGCGGAUAAGGUUCCAACUCCCAUACCCAUAUCACCACACACGUAUAUUAUAGAUUCUGAAAAAUCCAGAGCCAAUAGUCCCGCAAACACGGAACAUGAGAUAUCAGUGAUGACUGACUUGCCUUCAGAGAAUGAUGACCAGUAUGACAGACUGUCUCCUGGCGAGCAUAGAACUAUAGCUACAAGCACACCUACAUAUUCACCUCGUCAAGAAUACACACUCAGCGAAGGCGAAGUUCCCGUCAAUUCAGAACGCAGGACAUGCAAGUCCUUAGGAGAGGUCCGAGGAAACAACUACGCGAAAGAAGACACUUCUUUUGGCGAGCAAAGAUCUCCGACGCAGAAAAUGGAGGCGACGUUACAAGUGAUCUCUCAAGAGUUGGCUCGCUGUCGAUCGCUGCUGCAGACCCAAAGGCCACGGGAGGUGACGUAGAUAAAGAUAGAUUGUUGCCCAAAGUAGCUACAAUCAAAGGGUCAUUUUAG